CGAAAAGCUGAUGUCUUGACUUAUUCACUUUUGAAUGUCAAAGCUUUGUGAAAAGAGCUUAUGGCAGGAUCCAAUGGCACAGCAGAGGACUCAUCCUUCACUUAUCAGCAAAUCUUUAAAUUAGACAUGGAUGUUGUCACCAGCACGAAAACUGCAGUGGCUGUGUUAACAUCUCUGUUUUUCUUUUUUGUAAACUGCGUGAUGUUCUUUGCUCUAAAAAGCAAGCACAUAUUCUUUGAGACACCGCGAUAUAUACUUUUUGGUCACAUGUUAAUGAACGACUCUGUGCUUUUGCUGGUCACAACUGUUAUGUAUGUGGUGGCUCUGUGUUUCCUUCCAAUACCUAAAUCCAUAUGCACUCUGUUAGUCUUCAUAUCUCACUGCACUUUCCGUAACGCUCCUCUGACUCUAGCACUGAUGUCUCUGGAGCGGUACGUGGCAGUCUGCUUCCCUCUGAGACACUGCACCAUCGCCACACCUAAAAGGACUGGAAUUGCCAUUGGAAUCAUCUGGUUUCUAAGUACUAUCAAUAUUAUAACAGAUAUUAUUUUGGUUUUAAUUUUAAACCCCAAUUUUGCUGACUUUAUAUUUUGCACCUUAGAAAAAUUGUUUGUAUUCAAAUGGCAGAUAGAUAAAAAUCAAUGGUUUGAUGUGCUCUAUUUUGCGUCGGUUGCAUUGAUCAUUAUAUUCACAUAUAUCAGCAUUAUGAUCACAGCCAGGUCUGUUUCCUCUGAUAAAGAAUCUGCUAAAAAAGCCCUCAGAACAGUGAUGUUGCACUUGGUUCAGCUGGGACUGUGUCUUACCUCUUUUCUAUAUGUCACAAUAGAAAGAGCACUAUACAUGAUGACUGGAAGUGACUCUUCUCUUUUUAUUAAUCUGAGAUACUUAAAUUAUAUUAUUGUUCUGAUUCUACCACGUUGUUUGAGUCCUCUGAUCUACGGCAUGAGAGAUGAAGCCGUGUGGCCCUUGUUCAAAUAUUUCUUCUGCUAUCAUUCAGGCAAAGUAAAGCCCAUAGUUAAUGUGCAUUAA